UAAAUAAUACCCAUUUAAUCGUUGCUUAGUUAGAGCUCCUAUUAUUUCUCGCUCGCCUCAUUCAUUCGUUCCUCCCCCUGGCUCUCAACCUCUCUCUUCCUCGACCAGAAUAUUACAAGACGAUCGCUUUCACUCUCUUUCUGAAUCUAAUUUUCAAGAAAGCAAAGUGAAGAAAAAGGAUCUCCAAUGUCUACUUUAUCGAAUUCUACAAAUAUAUUUUGGCAAGAAUGUCCAGUAGGGAAGUCCGAUAGGCAGAGACUACUUAACCAGAAGGGAUGUGUUGUAUGGAUAACCGGACUUAGUGGAUCAGGGAAAAGCACACUGGCAUGCUCACUGAGCAGAGAGCUGUACUCUAAGGGGAAGCUGUCUUAUGUUCUUGAUGGAGAUAACCUUCGCCAUGGACUGAAUAGAGAUCUGGGUUUCAGUGCUGAAGAUCGAACUGAAAAUAUUCGCAGGGUUGGGGAAGUAGCAAAACUCUUUGCGGAUGCUGGUUUGAUAUGCAUUGCUAGUCUGAUAUCACCAUACAGAAAAGACCGGGAUGCUUGCCGUGCAAUGUUGUCAGAUGCAAAUUUCAUCGAGGUUUUCAUGAACAUGCCUCUUUCAUUAUGUGAGUCAAGAGAUGCUAAAGGGCUCUACAAGCUUGCACGUGCUGGAAAAAUUAAAGGUUUUACUGGCAUAGAUGAUCCUUAUGAACCACCUUUGAAUUGCGAGAUAGAAAUACAAGAGAAAGAUGGAGUAUGUCCCACACCAACUGCCAUGGCUGGACAAGUAGUAUCAUACUUGGAGGACAAAGGAUAUCUGCAAGAUAAGUGAUGACGCUACUAGACUCAGCUAAGGGUGUCAUCAUGUGGAAUGUGUUUGAAGUUGUUUAGUGAUUGAGAUUUCUUCUCUAGAUUGAAUCCCAAUAACCAUUGUUUCUAUCAAUGUUUUUUCUUUUCUUUUUUUUUUUUUUUU